GGGCAGAUCGCGCCGAACAUGAACUACAUCGCUGAAUGUCUACCGAGGGCUGUGGAGUGCCCGUCACUCGCUCCGGCUGUGGCGAUUGGAAUUGUCUACGCAGGGUACAAUACACGAUCCGUCAUCGAAUUAACCGAUUCAUGAAAAAAAAGUUUUCAUCAUGGAGAUAAUUGCUGCAACUGAAAAAUAGGAACUUUAUCAUGGUGCAGUAACCAGAAUUUUUUCGCAUGUAUUUCGCAACACCUCAUGGAGACCGCCCUUCGAACUUCUGAAGGUGACGAAACACGGAGCGAAAUCUUCACCUGUGCAUUCGGAUGCUAUUUCUAUUAAGGAAGUUACACGGCUGGACUUUCUGGGCACUGACGCACGAAAGGAUGAAGAAUUUAUGGGAUAAGAAUGCACGGUCGAAGUGUUGGUCUUAGGCCGGCCGAUCAGAUGCUCGGAUGGGAGGGCAUGAUACUCACCCUCCGCUGCUGCUGGGCUAUAGCCUCCGCGGCCGCCUCCGCUGAUGCAGCCGACCCCCUGAGUUGGCUCCUGUCGGAUAAAGGACCGUUUCACCGCGCGCAGGAGUUCACAGAGUUCACGGAACGCCACGAACACGGCUUCUCAACAAGAUACAAGAUUUACAGGGAGUUUGGGAGAUGGAGGGUCAACAACCUAGCCUUGGAGAGACAGGAGAGCAAUGGGGUUGCUCCCCCUCUUGACCCGGAGUUUAUCCACAACAUCAGGCUGCUGGGGCGGAGACCCACCUUGCAGAAGAUAACAGAGAACAUCAUCAAGAAGUACGGGACACACUUCCUGCUCUCCGCAACUUUAGGAGGAGAGGAGUCACUGACCAUUUUUGUGGACCAGAGGAAGCUGAGCAAGGGCCCAGAGGUUGGGAUCGAUGUGAACAGCACCUCUGGCUCUACGCCUCUUACCCUGGAGGCCCUCCACCAGCUGGCGGCAUCCUACUUCAUUGACAGGGAGAGCACACUGCGCCGGCUGCACCACCUCCAGAUCGCAUCCUCGGCCAUCAAGGUGACUGAAACCAGGACGGGACCCCUUGGAUGCAGCAACUAUGAUAACCUUGACUCUGUCAGCUCUGUAUUGGUCCACAGCCCUGAAAACAAAGUGCAUUUACAAGGGCUCCAAGUUAUUCUGCCUGCCUACUUAAGGAACCGCUUCAUCCGGGCAGCCCUGGGCUACAUCGGAUGCAAUGCGGAGGGCCAGUUUGUUUGCCAGCAGAACGACUGCUGGUGCCAGUGCCACCCCAGUUUCCCACAGUGCAACUGCCCAGAGCAGGAGCUGCACUCCCUGGAGGCCAACUUGCUGCGUGCCAAAGUGGCCUGGAGGGCAGCAAACCAGGAGUUUGAAGAGUCAGAUGAGUUCCAGGGCUUUGUGAAUCGGCUUCCGACAGCGUAUGCCUUGAACUCGUCUGCCAUACUGCAUUUGUGGAGGAGUGAUGCCAGGUUGCAGCAUCACUAUCGGCAGCUGGAGACAGCCACCAGCCAGCUCCUCACUAAGACCCGAAGAACCGCUAACAAGCUCUUCAGCCUGAGCAAGAGAUGCCACACGCAGCCCAAAAUAGUCCUGCAGAGGGAGCGGUCUUUCCAGUACUGGCUGAGCUACAUCCUCUCCGUUCUCUACUGCAGCGAGCACAACCUAAUUGGACAGUACUCCGAGGAGACGCACAGCUGCACCUGCCCGUACGAGCACCCCUCUUGCCAGGCCGUCAUCCCCUGCGCGGUGGGCGACGGGGCCCGCUGUGCCUCCUGUUCCGUGGAAAACCGUACCCGCUGCGCUAGUUGCAACGCGGGUUACACCCUCAGCCACGGCGCGUGCCGACACAUGGUGCCGGACUCCACGGACCACUACCUGGGCUUCGAGACGGACCUGCGCGACGUGGAGCUCCAGUACCUGCUGCAGCGGCGGGACAGCCGCAUCGCCCUGCACGGGGUCUUCGUCAGCAACGACGUGCGGCUCAACGCCUGGUUCGACCCGUCCUGGAGGAAGAGGAUGCUGCUGACGCUGAAGAGCAACAAGUUCAAGUCGAACCGCAUCCACAUGCUGCUGGCGCUGUCGCUGCAGCUCUGCCACACCAAGAACAGCACGCUGGAGCCCGUGCUGUCCGUCUACGUCAACCCUUUCGGGGGCAGCCACUCGGAGAGCUGGACCAUGCCCAUCAACCAGCAUGGCUACCCAAACUGGCAGAAGACCAAGCUCGAUAUUCCACUGUACUGCUACAACUGGACUCUGACGUUGGGCAACAGGUGGAAGAGUUUCUUUGAGACGGUGCACUUUUACUUGAGGAGCAAAAUCCGGACGGACUCGGCCCAGGGGAACGAUUCCGUGUACCUGGAGCCGCUGGAGGUCAGCGACCCCUCCCAAAACCUGGGCUACAUGAAAAUCAACAGCAUGCAGCUGUUUGGCUACAGCAUGCACUUUGACCCCGAGGCCAUCCAAGACCUUAUUCUCCAGCUGGACUACCCGUACACACAGGGCUCGCGGGACACUGCCCUGCUGCAGCUUGCGGAGAUCAGGCACCGGGUCAACAGGCUGUCCCCUCCCGGGCCGCAGCCCCUCGACCUGUUCUCUUGCCUGCUCCGCCACCGCCUCAAAAUAUCCAGCUCGGAGGUGACGCGGAUACUCACUGCAAUGCACACGUUCAGCGCUAAGCAACCGUAUUCUAUGGAGUAUGAGCCUACCAAGCUUUGUAGUUAG